CCAUGUAUGAGAAUGAUAUAAUUAAUUGAUUCUAUCUGUUUAAUUAUGUCCUAAAUCAAAAAUGCCUUUUAUAUCAUCCUAAGGUGUCCCCAAUAUUUCACCAAUUUGAGUUAUAACAAUAUAACUGAAAAAAAUAAAAAUUCUAAAUCGAAAAUUAUAACAAGGGUUAUUAGGCACAGCACUCUAUCUAUUGUCAAAUUUUAAAGGGGUUUCUAAUUUUUGAAUUUCACAUCCAUAAUUAAUUGA